AUGCAAGCACCAGAAGGAAUACCUCAUUCCAACCAUAUGAAUCCACCUCGACCGGCGGAAGAAUCUCGUCUUUCCAAAGGUCGAUCUCGUAAAGGUCCAAAAUCCCAAUCCAAACGCCAACCGAAGCAACCCACGGGACCUACUACAAAGUCGGCUACCAAGCAGGCUACCCACCACAGUUACGACGAUGUUCAUGCACCAGGCACAAUUACCAUUAGCGUAAAGAAUGACGGGACAUUGGUCGUCGAUCACAACUUGGGCUUCCCAGCAUAUAAACUCUCCAAACCCGAUCGAGUCAAUGGAGAAUUAGUUGCGAGAGAAGAGAAGCUCAAACAGACAAAGUUGAGACUCAAAAAAGCACACACCCAAUUUCAAGAGUCAAUAAACCGACUCCACAACGAAUUAGAUCUGCUAAAGAAUAAUGAUUCUGUAGGCUUAUUAACACAUAAAAGCCUUUUGAGUUUGAAUGAAAGCCACAAAGAAGAUAAAUCCACAAAUCCAUUUAAACAUAAAAUGGGAAAAGAAAUCAGUAAAACUGCAAGACACAGCAAAUCUUUAGAUUCAUUGGGAUACAUAGAAAUGUAA